UCCUUCCCAGCAAGCACUGCUUCUGACCCGCGGCGUCGGAGACUACGAGACCCAGCGUGCCCCGCGGCCCGGCCGCAGGGACUACAAGUCCCACAACGCACCGCCCACCCUUUCCUAGCCGCCCCCAACCCCUGCUCUCCCAAGACCCCGCCGUGGGAGCGCCGCGACCCCUUCCCGGCGCUCCUCGCGCCGUGCGCAGCGCGCCCUCGCGGUGACCCGCUGUGCGUGGGGUCAAGGCGCGGGGCGGAGCGGCUGGGCUGGCGCCAUGCGGAGGGGUGAGCGCAGAGGCGCGGGGGGACCGCGGCAGGGGUCCCCUGUGCCGGCGGGCAAGGCCUCGCUGGAGGAGCCGCCCGACGGCGCGACCGCAGGCCGAGCGAGCGGGCCGGGCGCGGGCCGCCGCAGCACGGAGUCCGAGGUCUACGACGACGGCACCAACACCUUUUUCUGGCGCGCCCACACCCUGACGGUGCUCUUCAUCCUCACCUGUGUGCUCGGCUACGUGACUCUGCUGGAGGAGACGCCUCGGGACACGGCCUAUAACACCAAGAGAGGUAUUGUGGCCAGUAUUUUGGUUUUCUUAUGUUUUGGAGUCACACAAGCUAAAGACGGGCCAUUUUCCAGACCUCAUCCAGCUUACUGGAGGUUCUGGCUCUGCGUCAGCGUGGUCUAUGAGCUGUUCCUCAUCUUCAUACUCUUCCAGACUGUCCAGGACGGCCGCCAGUUUCUGAAGUAUGUGGACCCCAAGCUGGGAGUCCCACUGCCGGAGAGGGACUACGGGGGAAACUGCCUCAUCUACGACGCAGACAACGAGAGUGACCCCUUCCACAACGUCUGGGACAAGCUGGACGGCUUUGUGCCUGCGCACUUUCUUGGCUGGUACCUGAAGACCCUGAUGAUUCGUGACUGGUGGAUGUGCACGAUCGUGAGUGUGAUGUUCGAGUUCCUCGAGUACAGCCUAGAGCACCAGCUGCCCAACUUCAGCGAGUGCUGGUGGGAUCACUGGAUCAUGGAUGUGCUCGUUUGCAAUGGGCUGGGCAUCUACUGCGGCAUGAAGACUCUUGAGUGGCUGUCUCUGAAGACGUACAAGUGGCAGGGCCUCUGGAACAUUCCGACCUACAAGGGCAAGAUGAAGAGAAUCGCCUUCCAGUUCACGCCCUACAGCUGGGUCCGCUUCGAGUGGAAGCCCGCCUCCAGCCUGCGCCGCUGGCUGGCCGUGUGCGGCAUCAUCCUGGUGUUUCUGUUGGCAGAGCUGAACACGUUCUACCUGAAGUUCGUGCUGUGGAUGCCCCCCGAGCACUACCUGGUCCUCCUGCGGCUGGUCUUCUUUGUGAACGUGGGCGGCGUGGCCAUGCGGGAGAUCUACGACUUCAUGGAUGACCCGAAGCUCCACAAGAAGCUGGGCCAGCAGGCCUGGCUGGUGGCGGCCAUCACGGUCACAGAGCUGCUCAUCGUGGUGAAGUACGACCCACAUACGCUCACGCUGUCGCUGCCCUUCUACAUCUCCCAGUGCUGGACGCUCGGCUCUGUGCUCGUGCUCACCUGGACCAUCUGGCGCUUCUUCUUGCGGGACAUCACCCUGAGGUACAAGGAGACUCGACGGCAGAAGCAGCAGAGCCGGGGGGACCAGGGCAGAGCCGGGGGCGACAUGGAUGGACACCUGCCUGGGCCGGAAGACCCCCCAGGGCCUGCAGAGCCUGAGAGGGAGGGGGUGCCAGCCCCAAACUGAUGCACCUCACGACUGCCCAGAGCCCGGGCCUGCUGGAACCUUCCGACAGGCCUCAGCCCUUGUGGUUUUAUUUUCCCUUUCUCCCAUGCACAUAGCUGGGCUCUGUGGGAUGCAGGUGGCCCCUGACCCAGGCGUGCGUGUGCGUGUGCGUGUGUGUGUGCGUGCGCGCGCGCGCGCCCGUGCACAUGUGCUCCUGGGGCUCCUCUCAGCCUGACCCGUGUGGCUGGGCUUGCUGCGGGCAGCUGGUCCCCUCCCCUUUCUGCACAGUCAGCCCGCCGGCCUCUGGGCCACAGCGAGCCCUCAGCACCCAGACGGACGGCUCAGGCCCAGCAGAGGCAUCACGGUGCCUUCCUCUGCUCCCUGGGCCCCCAGCCACUCUGAAGCCCUGACUGCACCUCACUGGACCCCCAUUAGCCCCUCGACGGCACAUGUGAAGGAUGACCAUCCAGUGAUACCCUGAGACAGCUGAGAAGGGGCAGGUCUAAGCAGGCAGCCCUGAGCCACUUCCUGGGGAGGCUUCAUCUGACCCAGCAAACCUGGGGGUGUGAACGGGGCCGGAGGUCACCGGAUUGGCUCCUUGAGGGACGUGGAGUCAGAAACUCAAAGGCCCUGGGCCUGAGGUUGGGAGGAGGGGCAGAGGGUCUUCGAGAGCUAACAGAACAAGUAAAGCAGGUCCUUACCAGCUCCCGGCCCUGUGGGCCCUGUGCAUCGUGUGCCCAGUGCUGGUGCUGCCCAGAGGGCUGGGGGGGGCGGGGGCAGGCGUGCAGAUGGGCCGCCCCGGAGCUGCUUCCAGUGGGGGUGAUGGGCCGCUGCACGAACCCAGCGGGGGAGCCCUAACAGAAGCGUUACACUUGCGACACGGACACCGUGCCUGGUGGAGACCCCACAAGAAGGACAAGCACGCCUCCUGCCAAAAAAAGUGCUUUAAUAAAAGCGUCUGAAACUUU